AUGUUUCAGGCGGGGGACAAUAUUCUUCAUGUCGAAAAGGAGGAAUGGGCGGUUGAGCCUCGCCCUGUGGAAGAGUUGCCUCUUCCCACUGACUUCUUCUGGGGAACAGCCACUGCUGCGUACCAGAUCGAGGGUGGCGCUCUACAAGACGGCAAAGCCAAGUCUAUCUGGGAUAGUUUCAGUCACCUUCAGCCCUCGCGGACCAAUGGCGAGAAUGCCGACGUGGCGUGCGAUCACUAUAAUCACAUGGUAGAGGACUUGGACUUGAUGGCCUCGUACGAUGUUGAUGUUUAUCGGUUUUCUAUUGCCUGGUCUCGUAUUAUCCCGCUGGGUGGUCAUGAUGACCCAAUCAACGAAAAGGGAAUCGAAUUCUACAACAAGCUUAUUGAUGGCCUAUUGGCCCGAAAUAUCGAUCCAAUCGUCACAUUAUAUCACUGGGAUGUGCCACAAGAGCUCUAUGAUCGUUACAACGCAUUUUUGAACACAGAUAGGUUCAAAGCAGACUUUGUGCGUUUUGCCAAAUUGUGCUUUUCUCGCUUUGGUGAUCGUGUCAAGAAAUGGGUAACUUUCAACGAGCCAUAUAUAAUAUCAGUUUUCGGUCAUCACAGCGGCGUCCUUGCUCCUGGCCACAGUGCCGCCACAGGUCAUAACACCCGGACGGAGCCAUGGAUUGUCGGCCAUACCAUCAUUCUUUCGCACGCAGCGGUUGUGGAUUCUUACGUGAGAGAGUUUCAGCCUAGUCAGAAGGGAGUUAUUUCCAUCGUCCUAAAUGGACAUUUCUACGAGCCAUGGGACCAAGAAAGUGAGAAGCACAAAGACGCAGCUCAACGCAGACUUGAAUUUUAUAUUGGCUGGUUUGGGGAUCCUAUAUUUCUGGGCCAGGAUUACCCUGCCCAAAUGCGCGUCCGACUGGGAUCUCGGCUACCUCAGUUCACGACUGAAGAAAUGACUCUUCUCCGAAAAACCGCCUCGUUUAAUGCGUUUUACGGAAUGAAUCACUACUCCACAAAAUUCGCCCGUGCUCUUUCAGACCCACCUGCCGAGGAUGAUUGUACGGGGAAUGUGGAGGAGUUAGCCACCAAUAGUGAAGGAAAGUUCCUUGGGCCUGUCUCCGGCAUGUCGUGGCUCCGCGUUACGCCUGACGGGUUCCGGAAGCUUUUGAAUUGGGUCUGGGAUCGAUACCACUUGCCAAUAAUUAUCGCUGAGAAUGGCUGCCCUUGUCCAGGUGAGAGUCAGCUUACAGUGGAUCAAGCAGUGAACGACAGCUUUCGGAUUAGGUAUUUUGGACUGUAUCUUGAUGCUAUCUCCCGGGCCAUCUAUGAGGAUGGCAUCGAAAUUCAAGGAUACUGUGCAUGGAGUCUCAUGGAUAACUUUGUGCGCUUAAUACGCUUUUCAUUUGGCUCAUUGGUCUUAGAAUGGUCUGCUGGCUAUGGUCCACGUUAUGGUAUUACACAUGUGAAUUAUGAGACGCUGGUUCGAACUCCCAAAUUGUCCGCAUUUUACUUGGAGGAAUCAUUGAAAGCGCGCCGUGGUGGAUGUACCUAG